AUACAACGUCCUUAGCCGGUGACCUGUUUGACAUAUAACGCUACUCUCUAGGUCAUUUGUCCCACAUAAACUCUGGCUAUCUGUAUACUAGACCCAAUCCCAGGAUAUUUUUCCAUUGGAUCGCUUUUUAAAGUUCAGUCAGAUUUGACCAAUUCAAAAUAAUGCAUUAUGCAUUGUACAAAUUUCCUUUACUUCGUAACUUGAACUUGGGUCGCGUAAAAUUCCAAAAUUCCUAUUCACCUUUUGGUAAUAUACAACCGUUUGUUUGUGAAUCAACUCAGCCUACAUCUUUAAAUGAUUUGACAUUUGUACCUGGACCAGAAAAGCCUAGUACAUGGUGGCCUCAUCAACCAUUAAUUCCUGGACGUCGUGUAGUAAAAUUAUAUCCUGUUCGUUUUCGAAAUAAACUUCGUAUUGCACUAGUCAGAGAAGGAUGUUCCAACAGACCUUUCUUUACCAUACAGAUUAAAUCUAAUUUAGCUGAAUCGAAAAAGAAUGGUAUUGAACAAGUCGGUUCAUGGGAUCCAUUCCCUAAUAUUCAUGGAGAACAAUUGAUUGCAUUAAAUUUUGAACGUAUUUCCUACUGGAUAGGUAUGGGAGCUGAACCAACUGUUCGUGUAGCUGAAUUAUUGGGAUUAUGUGGAUUUUUACCAAUACAUCCAAGAUCUUAUUUAAUGGCACAUAGAGCUCGUAUUGCAAUGAUGAAAUAUUUAGAGAGAUUAAAACAAAAGCAGAAUGAACAAGUCACUGAUGAAAUCACAUUGAAAGGUGCCGAAACAGACGAAGGUGAAAACACAGUGGAUAAUCAAAAAGAUGACACUAAAGAAGUAGAUGUCGAUUUACGUGUUGAUUCAAUAUGGCGUAGAGGAAAUGAACCACCACACUGGUGGUAUUAUGGUUUACGCUAAAAAAACAACAAUUGGUACCCAUAAAUUCUGAACCUGUGAAUUAGAUGUUCUCUUUUGAGAGCAGGAAUUUCCUAAAAAUGUAAAUAAAUAUCUUUUUUUCCUUCAAAUCAA